UGAUCCCCCGUGUAAGAGUGAGGUGGAGGAGGACAUUCCAGGAGAUGUCACCACAGAAAAUCCCGUAUUACCGGAUAAUAAAGCAGAAGAUGACGAUAUAAUGCAGCACCCUUCAGGAGAAAACUUUAAUGUGCUUCCAGGACUUCAUAGUACAGACCUAUCGUAUAAUCCCCCUAAUCAUGAGGAACCUUCUCCUAGCGAGUCACAAAGUGUUACUACAAGUACAGGUCAGAAAGUGCUUCGGCGUGGGAAACGGUUCAGAAAAAGCUCAGUUCUUUCUACAGACAGUAGAAUUCACACAAGAGAGAAAUCAUAUUCAUGUUCAGAAAGUGGGAAAUGUUUCAUAGAAAAAUCAGUUCUUAGUAGACAUAAGAAAAUUCACGUGGGAGAGAAGUCGUAUUCAUGUUUAACAUGUGGGAAAUGUUUUACACAGAAAUCAGAUCUUGUUACACAUGAAAGAAUUCACACCGGAACAAAACCAUAUCCAUGUUCAGAAUGUGGAAAAUGUUUCAGACAAACAUCAAGUCUUGGUAGACAUAAGAGAAUUCACACAGGAGAGAAGCCAUAUUCCUGUUCAGAAUGUGGGAAAUGUUUUAGAGUUAAAUCAAAUCUUAAUGAACAUGAGAGAAUUCACACCGGAGCAAAACCAUAUUCAUGUUCAGAAUGUGGGGAAUGUUUUAAAGAUAAACCACAUCUUAGUAAACAUGAGAGAAUUCACACCGGAGCAAAACCAUAUUCAUGUUCGGAAUGUGGGAAAUGUUUCACAGAAAAAUCAAGUCUUGUUAUUCAUACGAGAAUUCACACAGGAGAGAAACCAUAUUCCUGUUCAGAAUGUGGGAAAUGUUUUAUACGGAAAUCAAUUCUUGUUAGACAUGAGAAAAUUCACACAGGAGAAAAGCCAUAUUCCUGUUCAGAAUGUGGGAAAUGUUUUAUAACUAAAUCACAUCUUGAUACACAUAAGAUAAUUCACACUUGCGCAAAACCAUAUUCGUGUUCAGAAUGUGGGAAAAGUUUUAGAAAUAAAUCCUAUCUUAGUAUACAUGAGAGAAUUCACACCGGCGCAAAACCAUAUUCAUGUUCAGAAUGUGGGAUGUGUUUUACACAAAAAUCACAUCUCGUUAAACACCAUAGACGUCACACAGAAGGGAAACCAUUUUCUAAAUAAGGUUUAUUUUUUUGGUUGUAAUUAACCUGGCUCUCCCAGACAAUAUAAGAGAGAGAGAGAGAAAGUGUGAGGGUCAGACCGAUCUGUUGGAAAGGGGUUCCACUAGAUCUGAAAGACUUGAGGCGCCUCGGGUUUAUAGGAGCGGAAAUGGAGAGAAGGUUGGGUGUUGAAUACUAAAGGCUGCUCCGGGUAUAGUCAGGUCGACAAGAUGUCUGCCUGUAGAGAAUACAGUAGUGAGCCAAGUAAGGGGACUGGUGGGUAGAGAUACCCUUCAGAUCUCGCCUAUUUGGAAUAUACCCUUUUGAGCGCCAAUAGUGGUUGAUUGUUACUGAUUGGUAUUUGGGCUUUGUGUUGGUAU